UUGUCCUGUCAGUAAAAUCUUUUUGAGGUCGCGUAACAUGGCAGCCCCACCCCCGUUUACGUGCACUUUAAAGAAGAACAGUGCCAACGCGUACUUCUCAACUCAGGAUAAACGGGUGAACUCACGCAGAAAUCACUGCAGGCUUGGGAGAAAAUGCAGCUGCUCUUUUUAGGGACACUUGCCCUGUUUGUUGGGGUCACAGUUGCUGUGCCUGCACAGGAGAAGCGUGUACAUCAUAAGCCCGACCUCAGUGACCAUGUUCAUGAUGAUGCCCACGGAUACCAGUAUGACCACGAGGCCUUCCUGGGCAAAGAGGAAGCCAAGACCUUUGACCAGCUGAGCCCUGAGGAGAGCAAAGAGAGACUAGGAAAGAUUGUGGAUAGGAUUGACACUGAUAAGGACGGCUUCAUCAGUCAUGCUGAGCUGCACCACUGGAUCAAGCACAGGCAGAGGAGGUACAUCGAGGAGAACGUGGACAAGCACUGGAAAGAGUACGACCAGAACAAGGAUGGGAAGAUUGGCUGGAUCGAGUACAAGAACACCACCUAUGGAUAUUAUAUGGAUGUAGAGUUUGAUGAUGUGGAUGAUAAGGAGAGUUACAAAGCCAUGCUCACUAGAGAUGAAAGACGGUUCAAGUCCGCAGACCGGGACGGGGACGGUGUUGCUACCAGAGAAGAGUUCACUGCCUUCCUCCAUCCAGAGGAGUAUGACCACAUGAGGGACAUUGUGAUACAGGAAACCAUUGAAGACAUUGACAAGAAUGGUGAUGGCAGGAUUGAUCUGCAGGAAUACAUUGGGGACAUGUUCACCCCUGAAAAUGGAGAGAAUGAACCAGAUUGGGUCACAACAGAAAAGAAACACUUUUCAGAGUUCAGAGACAUGAACCAGGAUGGUUUCCUUGAUGCCAGUGAAGUCUCUCAUUGGAUCCUCCCUGGAGAGGUGGACCAUGCUGAUAAUGAGGCCCGGCAUCUCAUUCAUGAAACUGAUAAAGACAAUGAUGACAAAAUCACAAAGAAGGAGAUUCUGGCAAACUGGAACAUGUUUGUCGGGAGCCAAGCGACUAAUUACGGAGAGGACCUCACCAAAAGACACGAUGAACUUUAAUGCUGGUAUAUUUGGGUACAGGGGAGGGCAAUGUAUUUGGGGACGUAGGUGAGAAGAUAGUAAACGGAAUAUGAAAAUUGAACAGACACUCCAGCUCAUUGCUAAUUGUGAGGAAAUAGACUGAUGUCUUCCACUUGAGGAAUUCAGCACUGAAUACAGUCGCAUCAGUAUUCACAAUAACAGCCCUGUUUUCACCGUUACAAGGUGAAUUUCACAGCUUCAAUUGUAGUGGUCUGUGAUUUGACAUUCAACAUAUCACUAACAUGAAAAGAGGUAUAGCUCAGAAAGAGGGGGGGGGCGGGGACUCAGUAGAUGGGAGGAGACAAAAGUGAUUGACACUGUAUCUGUGGAACAUUUUUCUCUCUGUGAAUUCUUAAUAAAGCCAUGUUGGUUUUUUUAA